AGUUCGCGAGGACGACGACCCCGGGAGGCAGCAGGCGCUUGCGAUAACCGCCGAGACAACGAGGAAUGACGAGGAUAGCGUGGCACGCGACGACAUGGUGAGCGACGACCCCCGGAACCCGCUGAAGACACAUAGGAACGCGGUGCUCUACAACGCGUAUCCGCCACCCCCUCUGCCACGCGGCGUCCCGCGCGCACGCCGUCCUCCUCCCGGAACCGGCUACGGCACCAGAUACUUCCACCACGGCCUGCCGGACCUCGUGCCGGACCCGUACUCCAUUCAGGCGGGAUCCUACGUGCAGCGCAUGCAGAUGUACGCGCUCCGGUGCGCGGCGGAGGAGAACUGCCUCGCGCGGUCAGCAUAUAGACCUACAGUAAGGGACAUUGACUACAGGGUUCUCCUACGCUUCCCGCAGAAGGUCCGAAACCUCGGCACCACGGACUUCCUGCCCCUCAAACCCAGACACCAGUGGGAAUGGCACAGCUGUCAUCAGCAUUACCACAGCAUGGAUGCCUUCAGCCACUAUGACCUGUUGGACGUAACCACUGGACGUAAGGUGGCAGAGGGCCAUAAAGCCAGUUUCUGUCUGGAGGACACUGGCUGUGAUCCAGGCUUCCGCAGACGCUACGCCUGCACUGCACACACACAGGGGUUGAGCCCUGGUUGCCAUGACACCUACGCUGCCAACAUCGACUGCCAGUGGAUCGACAUCACAGAUGUCCCACCCGGGAACUACAUACUUAAGGUUUCAGUUAACCCAAAUUUCCUGGUUCCUGAGUCGGAUUUCUCCAACAACGUGGUGCGCUGUGAGGUCUUCUACAGCGGCCAUCACGUCCAGACCAGAAACUGCAGGAUAACCAGGAACUAGAAUUACUGGACGUUAUGACCAUUUUUGUCCAUCUUCAUAUAUUUUUUUUGUAUUUGAAGCACAUUUUGUAAGUUGAUACUUUCUGACAUCCCCUGCUUUAAAGUGUUUUCAACAUAAAACUUGAAAUAUUCCCUUUGGAUGUUGGAAUAAUGUGUCUUAGCAAAUGUACUGUAUCUGUUUUGAGAUAAAUUUGAUUUCUUGCUUUUGUGCAAGCAGCAAAAGCUCGCUAAAAUGAUGGCAAAGUAUAUUUUUCACUGGCUUUGUUUUUCUUUAUAAAUGUUGGAAUAUUUUGCAUAUCACAAUAGCGUAUGCAGUUUUUGUAGUGCAUUUAUUUUAUUUAAGACUUGUUAAGAAAAGGUGCUUUUUAUUGUCACUUUCUGUUACUAUAUGUGUGUAUAGCCAAUUGGGAUUUAUUUUUAUUUAUUAUACAGUAUAGGAAGAUGUGAGGAUGUAUUCUUUUAAGCUGACCAAAGUGUAGAGGUUUUUCUCUUGUGUAAUCUCUACUUCAGUCCAGUUUUCUGAAGCAGUGGUUUGGUGACAUUCCAGUAAAGACCACUAGCAGCCAUACGACCCUAGAAAGCAACAUGUUCUCUUUUAUGUAAUGCUUCAUUCAGUUCCCUUUGUUCCUGUGUAAGAAUGCAUGAAGGUGUCCAAAAAACCCUUCUGAGCCUACGUGUAGUCGGCCCACGUGCACUGUCCCAAACGCUUCCUUUGUCUCCUGCCACGAUUAUAAGAGACAUUCCAUGGUCGAGGCUGUUUGGCCUGAUAUGCAAUAAACACAGCAUGGAAAGAAUGUAAUACUGAAAAUGAAAUGUGUUUCUUCCUUAAACUCUUUUGGCAUUAAAUCACAA